AUUUCAAGUUUUCCUGUCUCUCAGGGUUGGGUGCUUUGCAAGGAAAGGUGGUGGAAGGAGCCUUUGUGCACAUGUUCCGCACCCAAGCCCAGUCACGUUUCCCAUUUCCUUCCACAGACCCUGACGUUCACUGGCAAGUGUUGCUUGACAUGUUUGUAUGGCUCCGUGGAGGUGUUGGGGUUCACCAUCACUCCCGACCAGCCCCCCUACCACCUCUUUUCCCCCCAUACCCACUGUGCCCUUACCAUGAAAGCCAUCGCCUACAAGGAGCCAGAGAAACCGGAGAAGGAGAUGAAGAGGGAGGCCAGGUCCAUCCUUCGAGCACACCACGUACCCCAAGACGCCAGACGCAAGCUGAUGAAAAAAUUUGCUCCUCAAUGUUCUAUUGUGUUGCUGGAACAUCUGGAUACACCAGUGACAAGGUUCCUUCUCAGCCACCCCAGUUUCUCCCACAUGUUCAGAGCAAAAAAAGAAAAGGUCCCCUGUUUCAGCCUGGAAGACGAAGCACUGGCUUCUGUCGGCGUUGGGAGGCUGGCCCCGGAGAACGGCCUGCUGGUGUCGGGAAGCAUGCUUUUGGCGAUUGAGGAGUUGCUCCAGGCCUGUCAAGAGGAGGACGAAGGCUGCCCUGUCAUCUUAGUUUGUGGCCCCAAAAGUGUGGGCAAGUCCACCUUCAACAGAUACCUGAUUAAUCUCUUGCUGAAUCGGCUUCCCUGUGUUGAGUAUUUGGAAUGUGACCUGGGGCAACCUGAGUUCACACCUCCUGGGUGUAUUUCCCUCAUUAACGUGACAGAACCACUCCUGGGUCCUCCAUAUACUCACCAGCGCAGACCACACAAAAUGAUGUACUUUGGGGAAACGAGUUGUGAACAGGACACUGAGAGAUACAUUGACACCGUCAAAGCUGUGUUCACUGCCUAUGAGAGAGAUGUUCCCCUAGUGGUGAACACUAUGGGAUGGGUCAAAGGCACGGGGCUGCUCCUUCUGAUCGACAUCAUCCGGCUGCUGUCGCCGAGCCACGUCGUCCAGAUCAGCGCAGAAGACUUCAAGGACGUGCCUCAGCUUACGCUGGAGUACGUCUGCGGCGCUGCCGGCCUUCACACAAGACGCAAAGGUCCCAGCAUGGCCAAGCGUCUGAAGAGCGAGGCGGAGGAUGUGGGGCAGUGCUGGAGCCACAGAGAUUUCCACCUUCCACCUUCUGCCCACAAGCUGCUUUGUGUCCAGCCACAGUUCCCAGGAGCUGGGCUUGCGGGCAGUGUGCGAACCCACAGCAGCACCCUGAGGGACCUGGCGGUCUUGGGGUAUCUGGGCCUCUUGCAGCCUUCGGACUCAGAGCCUGUCCUUCCUCUGCAUGGCUUAGUGCCCUACCAGGUCCCCUUUGGUGCCGUCGCCCUUAAGGUUCUCCACGUGGACGUCGCUCCUGCCCACAUCUUAUAUGCUCUCAAUGCCAGCUGGGUCGGCCUCUGCCAGGUGCAGGAGGAGCUCCCUUCUCAGGCCGAGGGGCCAGUCUUGCUGACCCAGACGCCAAUCUGUGACUGCCUGGGCUUCGGAAUUGUCCGAGGGGUGGACAUGGACAAGAAACUGUACUACAUCCUGAGUCCCGUUGCUCCAGAGUCCCUGCGACUUGUGAAUUGCUUACUUGUGGGGAAUAUUUCCAUUCCUAACUCCGUUUUCCUGAACCAAGUUGGAAUUGAAGGGGAGGUACCCUACGUCACGUCCGAGUAUAACUUUGACAUUUCAGGGGCAGGGAAGCUGAAAAUGAAAAAGCAUCUCAAGAGGAGAGAACAUAGCCAGUCCUGAGGCUCUCGUUGAGUCUUCGUCUGCAGCAACAGGUUCAGUUCAAGUGGCUUGGGGUGUUCUCCGGGACCAUCCACGGGAGAGAAGUUGCAAUAACCAGAGCUGACAGCGCCAUGCUCUGUGACUUCUGACUGUCAUUCUGUAUUUUCUUUUUUCUUUUCUUUUAUGGUUUCAGAAUUAAAAUUUUGGAAUAAACACCAAGGUCAGGUU